UUCUCGAUCUUUCGCCAACACACAAGUUCUUCACCAAACGUGUCUUCCAUCCCUGCACCCAACAACCGCACCAUAUGUCCAUAUCUACAUAAACAAUCCGACCAGCUCUCAACACAGAACAUUUCAGAUUACCAAAAACCAUGGCGGCAAGCGACGAGUUCAGACUGGUCUUACCAGGAAUAGACCACGAAGGAAAACUACUCAGAAAGUACACCGCAGAAGGUCAAGGAGCCAAGAAGAACAUCUCUCCGCCAGUAGAAUGGUACAACUUACCCCCAGGAACCAAGAGCCUAGCCCUUGUGGUGCAGGACAUAGAUGCACCAGAUCCGAAAGACCCGCUUGUGCCGUGGACCAAUUGGGUGGUGGUGAACAUUCCACCGGGUGUGAAGUGCCUGCCGGAAGGUUUUUCCGGGAAAGAAGAGGAUCAGAUGGGCGGACAGUAUGGCGGGCUCAAAGAAGGUAACAAUGACUUAAAGGUUCCGGGGUGGUGUGGGCCAAAGUUGCCGUCGCCGGGUCACCGCUUCGAGUUCAAGCUCUAUGCUUUGGAUGAUGAGCUUCAUCUUGGUCACAAGGUGACGAAGGAGAAGGUGUUGGAGGCAAUUGAAGGGCAUGUGCUUGGAGAAGCAGUGAUGAUUGCGUAUUUUUGAUGCUAAUGCCAUGAGAUAAUCAGUUGUUUAGAUAUAUGUUUUAUCGUCGCUAGUGCUUUGUACUCUUUGACUAGCUAUCUUCAAUCAAAAGUUCAUAACUUCACAUAUGUAUAAUUUACUGUUCUAGUGGAAUGGGCUUCAGGGUUAUAUC